AUGUUCGUAGCUGCUGAGGAUGGCAGAGAUGACGAUGAUGGGAGGAAGCUGCUUGUUGGUGUCCAUGGUCGCGAGGCUGCCAGGCACAACGCGGCGUCUUCGUUGAAUUUGCUGCCAAGCCGCACACUCAACACCCAAAUCUUUGACCCGCCAAUUCGCGACACACAGCGACCACCUAUUUUGGACCACCGCAGAAACUUCACGCACAACACCGCAGAUAUGAAGUUCCUGAAGAACGGCCGCGUGGCCAUUAUCACUCGAGGACGCCAAGCUGGCAAGAAGGUCGUCAUCAUCCAGCCCCAGGACUCCGGCUCGAAAGCCUACCCAUUCCCACAUGCUCUCGUCGCCGGCAUUGAGCGCUACCCGCUGAAGGUCACGAAGCGCAUGGGCAAGAAGAAGGUUGAGAAGCGUUCCAAGGUCAAGCCCUUCAUCAAGGUCGCAAACUACAACCACCUGAUGCCGACACGCUACACGCUUGAGCUGGAGGGCCUCAAGAACGUUGUCAGCCACGACACGUUCAAGGAAGUGUCGCAGCGGGAAGAGGCCAAGAAGAACAUCAAGAAGGCGCUGGAGGAGAGGUACAUGAGCGGAAAGAACCGGUGGUUCUUCACUCCGCUGAGGUUCUAGACGGGUGUUUUGUUGUUCUGCUUCGGAGAGGCGCGAGGCGAGUCCCAAGGGGGUGGGGGCGCCUGGAGACAGGUAGAGGAUGCGAUGGUUCUUUCAUGGUCAUUUACCACGGCGAUUAUUCAUUCGGGGAUCAAAUGGGUCAAGACAUAUUUUGAUCAUGGGGGCAAAAUGCAUAUUUUGUGUGCGUGUGUGUGAAUUACAAAGAGCGUCACUCUAGCUCCCAAUGGCAUAGCGAACAAGCAAAAACACUGAAGAGUCUAAAAAUGAACCAACAUCGCUCGUGCCCCGAUCCGUCCUUGAAUGUCAUCGCGACAAAAGCACGCUC